ACCAUGGCAAAGGUGCAGGUGAACAACGUGGUGGUGCUGGACAACCCUUCCCCCUUCUACAACCCUUUCCAGUUCGAAAUCACCUUCGAGUGCAUCGAGGACCUGUCGGAAGAUUUGGAAUGGAAAAUUAUUUAUGUGGGCUCAGCAGAAAGUGAGGAGUAUGAUCAAGUUUUAGAUUCUGUUUUGGUGGGCCCUGUUCCUGCAGGAAGACAUAUGUUUGUAUUUCAGGCAGAUGCUCCUAAUCCAGGACUCAUUCCUGAUGCAGAUGCUGUAGGAGUUACAGUUGUAUUAAUCACCUGCACCUACAGAGGUCAAGAAUUUAUUAGAGUCGGCUAUUAUGUAAACAAUGAAUAUACUGAAACAGAAUUGAGAGAAAAUCCUCCUGUAAAACCAGAUUUUUCAAAGCUACAGAGGAACAUUUUGGCAUCCAACCCCAGGGUCACAAGAUUCCACAUUAACUGGGAGGAUAACACUGAAAAGCUGACAGAUGCAGAGAGCAGCAACCCAAACCUCCAGUCACUCCUUUCUACAGAUGCAUUGCCUUCUGCGUCAAAAGGGUGGUCAACAUCAGAAAACUCACUAAAUGUUAUGUUAGAAUCUCAUAUGGACUGCAUGUGACUGACUACCCUUACCCUUCAUUGCUAUGUACGUGUUAAAUUGUGUUUUUAAAAAGCCCAUACCAUACACGGUCUGUCUCCAACCAGCACCAGAACCUCUUUCCGGAAGUUACAUUUAAGUUACAUAUUCAAAAAAUGUGAAGACUUUGUUUAAUAAAAACCCAUAUCCUGUAGAAAGUUUAUAAGGAAAGUAUUUGA